AUGAACAACCUAUUCCAACCCACUGCAUUAGACUCAUGCACAUCUCCAUCUUCACAAACUUUAGCCCUGCUUAAAUCCGCCUCGCUGACUCAUGCACAAUACGACCCAGCAGAUCCACUAGGGAAACUUAUGGCUUAUGCAACCCUGACUCCGAUUGCUUUACUGGUUGCUUACACCACUCAGUGUCUAUUCAGUCGCGAUUUGGCUUCUGGGUUUAUGUUAUUAGGCCAGCUUGUCAACGAAGGAGUGAAUUAUAUUCUCAAAAAUUCCAUUCGUCAGGAUCGUCCUACAGAUCGACUGGGAAAAGGAUAUGGUAUGCCAUCCAGCCAUGCUCAAUUCAUCUGGUACUUUGCAGUCUACUCGUCCAUUUAUACUCUGCGCAAUGGAUUGGAUAAAGAGCAUGCAUUAAUACAAAGGCUUUAUUGGCAAUGCGAUUUGCAUGCAUUCAAUACGAUGAUGACUAGACUGCGACUAGAGUACCACUCAUUAGAACAAGUUUGUGUGGGAUCCGCAGUUGGGGCACUGAUGGGAGUGGUUUGGUAUGUGUUGGUGCAGCAAGUGCUGUUUCCACUUGCCGAGUAUUUCCAAGUGGUGGAUGGAUGGAUAGGACAAAUGUUUUUGUUGAGGGACACUCGAUCUGUAGGUGGACUGAUGGCAGCACAACGAUCAUGGAGUAGAGACGAGUCUAAAUCCAAGAAUAAGCAUGAAUAA